UAUUAGAUUUCAGUAUCACAAUCCCCCACCACGAGGAAAUAGUCACGGCCAAAUUGCAGUUCUAGCCGAAGAACCAAAGCAUCAAGGCCCACUACAAUGGGACGUUUCAGGAAAAAAGUGCCCUUGUGGAUGUUCUUCAGUGUUUUAGUUAGUUUUGCUAGUGCUAGUGAUGACAAUUCGAACGUUAUGAAAAUUGUUAGUGACGAUUACCGGAAGCACACUCCUAGGUCUUUGCUGAAAUAUAAUUCAGAGCAAGCUCAAAAAAAUCAAACUGAUGAAAAUUACGUGGCGUACGAUCUUCAGAUUAUCGUGCAAGCAGUGGCAAAAUUGAAUUAUAGUACCUGUGGGCAAGAUGCUGUGGUAGCGCUCGAUGCCAUGUCGAAAAGAGAACGCUGGGCCAUACAAAUGUUUGACUCAUCGUCCAAGUUCCCCACGGGUCUGCUCUAUGGAAAUUUCUACCAAAUGGGCAACUUCGACGAGUGCGUAAAUUUGAAGCAACCCACCACCAGUGGGGACGAAGAACCACCAAUCCAAGGACAAUACUGUCUGGCAGAUGUAGAGCUAUUCAAUAAAAAACAAUAUGACGGAAGAGUGGCCAGAUCUUUCGAAACCUUCAAGGAUAGACCUAGGCACGUUUUCAACAACACCAUGUACUGGAGCAUCUGCGUCCCCUCUUCGUGCACAGUAGACGAAGUAAAAUUCGUAAUCAAAGAAAUUUUCACCCUAGCAACCAAACAAAAAAAUGUUAACGUACGUCUGUCUGAAGACAAGUGUCAUAUAAAGAAACCCCAACCGUUCUCCACCAUGGAAAUCGUCUACGGGACUGUUGUAGGUGCGUUUACAAUCUUCGUGUUUUUGGCCACAGCAUUUCACUAUUAUGUCCUUCAACAAGAAAAAACUUCGGGUGGAUCAGUCCUCAAGGAAGCUAUAUUGUGUUUUUCGGUCAUCAGAACUGUGGGGAAAUUUUUGACGACGAAGUCGUCUGAGCUCAAUCUGGAGUGUAUUUGUGGUAUUAGAUUCAUCUCCAUGAUCUUUAUUAUCAGCGGACAUACGUUCUUGUUUAUGGUGGGAGGGCCGGUGCAGAAUGUCGACUUCUACGAUAAGGAAAGCAGAAACCCUAUUAACGCAAUUUUUGUCAACAGCCCGCUUUUAGUUGACACGUUUCUACUAAUUAGUGGAUUUUUGUUGUGUUACUUGCUUCUAAUAGAGCUGGAAAAACGAAAAGGGCGAAUUAACGUUCCGUUGUUAUAUAUAGCGCGCUAUAUAAGACUUACGCCUUCUUAUUUGGUUGUUCUUGGUUUCUACUGCACCUUUUUCUUCCGUAUUGGCGAUGGUCCUCUUUGGGACUCCAGAAUCAAACUGGAACAAGAAAGAUGUCAAAAAUCGUGGUGGACCAACUUGUUAUACGUUAAUAACUACGUCUACACUGACUCAUUGUGUAUGUUCCAAUCAUGGUACCUCGCUGCUGACUACCACCUCUUCAUCAUCGCACCAUUAAUUAUCUACCCCCUCUGGAAAUUCACCAAAAUCGGUAAAGCGGCUUUAGGUGCUGGAAUUUUCGUGACUGUGGUAGCCCCCUUCAUCAUCACUCUAACCAAAAAUCUAGACCCCACACUUAUGAUUUUCGCACCCGAAAUGUACGACAUCACACAAAACUCCUACUUCAAAACCGCAUACAUCAAAACACACAUGAGAGCCGGUUCCUACUUCUUUGGGUUGCUUUUUGGCUACAUUUUGUACAAGCUUCAAACUAAAGGGACCAAAAUGUCAAAAUACGUCAUUUGGUUUGGCUGGAUGCUCUCUGCUACGUGUGGCAUCAUCGCCAUGUAUUCCGUUGUCAUUUUCUAUGACCCCCACCAUCAAUACAACGCGUUCGAGGCAGCUGUUUAUGCGUCACUCCAUCGAGUCGCCUGGUGUAUAUCUAUAGGGUGGAUCAUGAUAGUUUGCGUCACCAAAAAUGCUAGUCUAGUCAACCGGUUUCUGUCCUGGAAACCUUUUAUACCCCUAAGUAGACUUACCUAUUGUGCUUAUUUGGUGAACGGGUUCAUAGAAGUGUAUAGUUUUGCGUCACUUAGGCAGGGGACGUAUAUGAGUAUAUUUGAAAUGGGUUCUGUGUCGCUUUCACACACUAUUUUGACGUUUUCUCUCGCAUUUCUUAUGUGUAUAUUUUUUGAAUCGCCUAUACAUGGGUUGGAAAAGAUUUUUCUGAAAAAAGGCGUGAAAAAGCAGAAAGAGGUUACAGAUGGUGAUAGAGUUAAUAACACGUCGGUGUAGCUGAUUGUACUAUAUUACAUGUACAUUUGUAGAUAUAUAUUUAUUAAAGUUUGUAAUUAUUUGUAAAAUAGUUGUUGACUGAUUAAAUAAAUAAUGUAUUUUUA